UCAGCCGGCGGAAGGCAGGGGAGGGGCAUGUCCCGCCCCAAACCGGUCUCUUAAGAGCGGAAGUACGACCCGGAAACCAGCCAUAGAGUUUAGUGGCCAGAGCGACUCUGCAGGAAGGUGGCAGGAAAGGCUCAGAACAGCUGCCGGAGGUGACGGAGCAGCGGCCCCGCCCGGUGUGCUGGAAGACGAAGCUUCCAGGUAGCGGCCGGCCCGCAGAGUCUGACCCAGGGUACGACUGGGCAGUCGGCGUGAGCCUACGGUCCCUGGGCGGCCUCUUUAAGGGAGGGGGCGGAGCCACGCGGAAGGAUCUUGAGGCUCCAGAUAUCCUGAGCCCAGGUCCCCCCAGCUCAGUGCAGCCAUGAGUGCCGAGGUGAAGGUGACAGGGCAGAACCAGGAGCAAUUUCUGCUCCUGGCCAAGUCAGCCAAGGGGGCAGCGCUGGCCACACUCAUCCACCAGGUGCUGGAGGCUCCUGGUGUCUACGUGUUUGGGGAACUGCUGGAUAUGCCUAAUGUUAGAGAGCUGGCUGAGAGUGACUUCGCUUCCACAUUCCGGCUGCUCACAGUGUUUGCUUAUGGGACAUAUGCUGAUUACUUAGCUGAAGCCCGGAAUCUUCCCCCACUCACAGAGGCUCAGAAGAAUAAGCUUCGACACCUAUCAGUUGUCACCCUGGCUGCCAAAGUCAAGUGUAUCCCAUAUGCAGUGUUGCUGGAGGCCCUCGCCCUGCGCAAUGUGCGGCAGCUGGAAGACCUUGUCAUUGAAGCUGUGUAUGCCGACGUUCUCCGCGGCUCCCUGGACCAGCGCAAUCAGCGGCUAGAGGUUGACUACAGCAUCGGGCGGGACAUCCAGCGCCAGGACCUCAGUGCCAUUGCUCGGACCCUGCAGGAGUGGUGUGUGGGCUGUGAGGUGGUGCUGUCAGGCAUUGAGGAGCAGGUGAGCCGUGCCAACCAACACAAGGAGCAGCAGCUAGGCCUGAAGCAACAGAUCGAGAGCGAGGUCGCCAACCUUAAAAAAACCAUUAAAGUUACAACAGCAGCAGCCGCCGCGGCUACCUCUCAGGACCCUGAGCAACACCUGACUGAGCUGCGGGAACCUGCUCCUGGCACCAACCAGCGCCAGCCCAGCAAGAAAGCCUCAAAGGGCAAGGGGCUCCGAGGGAGCGCCAAGAUUUGGUCCAAGUCGAACUGAAAGGACUGUCAUUUCUUCCCUGGGGAUGUGGGGUCCCAGCUUCCUGCCUGUCCCUUAGGAGUCCUCAGAGAGCCUUCCUGUGCCCCUGGCCAGCUGAUAAUCCUAGGUUCAUGACCCUUAACCUCCCUCUCCUCUCCGUGACCCCCAAGCAUAUAUCACACCUUCUCUAGGGAGGAGGCAAGUACAAGUCAUGAUUUUGUUGGUACUUUUGCUUUAUGUGGCUUUCUUAUGUGUCUCAUUAUCUCCCUCCACCUCCCUGCUGUACUCUCCCCCUAUUUCUUUAAUGGGGGGGGGGGGCAGCAACAUCUCUCCCUGUUUGUUAUAUAUCAUUGAGUAGGUGGGGCUGCUUCUCCAGCAUAACCCACAUGUGUUUCUUCUCGUACCUCUCCACCCCUGCAUGCUUAAUGCCCAGUUUGUACUCCUUACCCCCAGCCUAUUUGGGCAGCAUCUGAAGAGCCAUAGGGCUCCCACCUUUAUUCCCACCCGGAGAAUUCUGGGAGCCAGUCUGCCAUUCUAGGAGUCACUGGACACUUUCAUCCUAGAAUCCUGUCACACUACAGUUUUUUCCUUUCCUCUCUCCUCCGCUUGGGUCCUGGGAAUGCUGCUGCUUCAAUGACCCCAGAGCCUAAGAAGGGCAGCUGUCUCUUGAGAUCUUGAGAGAUGGUUCUUUCUUAGCCCUGGCUAUCUUGGAAAGCCUGAUGGCAAUCCUGGAAGGAUUUAUACUUCCUUUUGUGAGUUUGGUGGGGAAGGGAAGGGGAUAUAGAUUGUAUAAAAAAAAAAAAAAAGUAUAUAUACAUAUAUCUAUAUAUAACAUGAAACAGAAAUAAAUCUAUGAGAAGUCUAUCUACAAA